AUGGUAAUCAAACGAAAACGCAAUUCGAAUCCGACUGCACCAGUUCCUGCACCAGAGGUCAAGUCGGAGGAGACUACAGCACAUAGCCCUACACAUUCUAGUAAGCUCGAACGUCGGGGGCGUCCACGAAAAUUAUCAGAAACAGAAGAACCUCCAAAUGAAAAACCAUCUAAAUCAUCUCGUACGGGUGAAUCAUUGAAGAUAAUUUCUUUCAAUCCAAAAGGUAUCGGGACUUCAAAUAAAGGGAAAGAAAAAGAUGUUGAAUCUGUACAUUCAGAACCCACUUCUGAUGAGCAACAGGCUGAAAGUUUUAUCACUACUGGACAAGAAGCCUUGACAUCAUCUCCUAUAUCUCAACAAUCAACGCAACAAACUUUAUUACAAGAUACGUCAACUUUAUCAGGUAAUGAUACAGAAAAAUCUAAAAGUACCCGCCCUCGUAGAUGGACACGCAGAAAAGUAGUAAUAAAAACCACCGGUGCUGAAAUUGCUAUACCUGUUUGGUAUUCUAAGCUUCAGUCGACACACCAGGAUCCAGUUUACAUACCUCGUUACUUCACGAAGCCAUCUCCCAUUUAUUAUCCGCAAACGGAACUUUUUUUAUCAUCUGUUCCACAUCAACUACAUUUUACCUAUUUCAAUCAACUUUCUUCAUAUGUUCUUUAUUUUCAAAAAAAUGAUAUCUGGGUUGAAAUGAAUAUUUUAGAAAGAUUGUAUUACAAAAAUAAGAAUCAACAUAAGCGCGCUGAAUAUUUUCGUAAAAUUGAAGAGGUCAGAAGGAUAAUCCUCAGAUUCAAAGAAAUGCGAAUUGGAGAGCUAAUGUCUGAGUUUAUUGGUUUAUUCUAUGGAAAUGACAAGAAUCAAAUUCAUCAAAGAAAAUGGGAGUAUGUCCCAUCGCGAGAAAUAUCUCUUUAUGUUUUAAAUAGAGCCAACUGUGCUACGAUUUUGAUGGAUAAGGCUUUGAAAUGUUAUCUAGAUGCAUACACUAAUUUUCGCUUCCUUCUUUGUCAAACCGAAUUCAUGCCAUUUGCAUUGACUUGCUUGUCUGUUCUUGCAAGGCUAAAUAUGUUAACUCAAGUUUGGGUCUCAGAGAUGAAGAAGUGCUGUGUUAUGUUGAAAGGGUGGAUUGAAUAUUUUCCACAUAAAAUUUUGAAACAUUGA